AAAUACUGCGUGCGAGCGGGAGGAAUGUCCCUCUGGCCCCCUUCACCGACCCUCCCUCGUUUCUGUACCAUUGGAACCUUCGUGGAACAGGUGAUCAAGAUCCAGGAUGAGAUCGAUGAGCGUAUCUGGGACCCUGAAGUGAAAGUAUAUCCUUCAGGUAGCUUGGCCGCCGUCUGGGCCCCUUUCCGGGCAAAGGUUAAUGGUGCUGUGCAUCAUGUCGGCGUUGAGCUCUUCAUACUUCACAAAGUCAACAACACAUGGAAGGUGACUGGGGUGGCUGAUUCGUGUCGAGAACCGACAGAGGAGGAAAAGAUCUGGUUGCCUUGAAUGUGUGGCAUUUGAGGAUUGCGGGAAAGUUUUGAGGCGCGAAGAUCCCGUCCGAUUGAGAAAGAAGACCGAAGGGGGGAAGUUGCUUUUCUGGGAAUUGCAGGCUUGACUCAAGAGGCUUGCAGCCAACUCCUUAUCACAUUGUUCCGCAGAAAUCAG